AUGUUUGGACAACGUGUUAAUUCAUUAAUUUUUUAUUCUAAACUUUAUUCAAAAUAUAAUAAUUUAUGGACAAUAUAUUUAAAUAAUUUAAAUUGGGUAUAUUAUUUUUUUAAUACUAUUCAGUUUAUUAGUUAUUUAAAUUAUUUUAAACAUAAAAUUUUAUUAAAUAAUUUUAAUUUUUUUUCUUUAAAUAAUAAAUAUAAAUUUCAAUUAAAUAUAAAUUGUAUUUUUUAUUUUUAUAAUUAUUUUUUAAAAUUUAAAAUUUUUUUAAAAGGGCUUCAAACUAUUAAAAAAAUUUCUAAAAAAAUAAAUAAAAUAAAUAAAUCUACAUAUAAAUAUUAUAUAUAUAUUAAUUUUUUAAUAUUAAAAAAUCCUUUUUCUUCUAUAAAUUAUUUUUUUUAUUAUAUUAUAAAAAAAUUUCAACAAACUUUAUCUUUAAGAAAAAUUUUAAAACAACUUUCUUUAUUAAUAUUAAAUAUUAAAAAAACGCAUAUUAAAGGAAUUAAAAUCUUAAUAUCUGGUAAAAUUAAUGGAGUAGCUAUAGCAAAAAAAGAAACAUGUAAUUAUGGUUUAAAUUAUUUUAAUAAAUAUAUUUAUAAUAUAAAGUAUAAUGUAUUUUAUUUAAAAACAAAAUUUGGAGUUUUAGGAUUUAAAUUUUGGAUAUUUUUAAUUUAA